UCCCUGCUCUCUCUCUCUCUCUCUCUCCCUCCCUCUCUCUCUCUUCCUGUGCGAAGUAAAAGCUAUUUCUGAGCGAGGAUCAAUACGCCGAUAUGAGCCGACAUCCUAAUGUGAAAUGGGCCCAGAGGUCUGAUAUGGUCUACAUAACUAUUGAUUUGCCGGAUGCCCAGGAUGUAAAGCUUAAACUGGAGCCUGAAGGAAAGUUUUUGUUUUCUGCUACUACUGGACCAGAGAAGACAGCUUAUGAAGUUGACCUUGAUCUCUAUGACAAGAUUGAUGUAAAUGAGACCAAGUCUAGUGUUGGCUUGAGAAAUAUCUGUUACCUAGUGAAAAAAGCUGAGGAAAAAUGGUGGAGCAGGUUGAUCAAACAGCAGGGAAAAGCUCCUAUUUUUCUGAAAGUGGAUUGGGAUAAAUGGGUUGAUGAAGAUGAGGAGCCUGAAGAAGUGAAAGGUGACGAAGGCGGUCCAGGUGGGUUUGGAAAUAAUAUGGACUUUGGUGGACUCGGAAACAAUAUGGACUUUGGAGGACUUGGAAACAAUAUGGACUUUGGAGGACUCGGAAACAAUAUGAACCUCGGGGGACUUGGAAACAAUAUGAACUUUGGGGACUUUGAUAUGUCUAAGUUGAACAUGGGUGGCGGUGGCUCGAGUGCUGAUGCUCUUGGCAAGUUUGAUGCAGAGAAUGAUGAUAGUGACACAGAGGACGAAACUGCUAACCAACCACCAUCCGCUGCUGGAGAAUCUGACGCCAAACCUCCUGCGAGUGCUGAGCAUGACGCAAAGGCUUCUGUCUGACGAUGCAAAAGAUUCAGAAAGUAUGCGGGUGUUACCGCAAAAGUUGAAGUUUUCAAAGCCUUCUUUACAGCGUCUUCGAAGCCAAUGCUACUCCCUGUUUCGACAUGCACUUGAAUAUGUUUUUAUUUCCCGACACAGCUUUGUGAUUGCUUUGCUUCGCCUUCACAAAAGGGGUUCCUUUACGUUUUGUUUAUGGUUUUAUCACGAGGGGUAGCCAGCCUGAUUGUUCGUGAGACGACUGCCGUUGGCAACGGAAGCUUUAUUAUCUUCCCACGUACUGUGAUUCGCGGAUAUUGGAAUUUACCAUGUAUUAGAUAUCGGCUUGUUCAUUACCGGCGACGCGGUUGAUGUAUGGUUUUUAGUCAUUGUAUAGUAUGCAUCUGUCAUAUU